AUGGCGGCACUCAGCAAAUGGUCUUCUCUGUCUCUGCUUGCGCUUGCAAUGGUGUUCUUUGUAACAAUGGCUCUGGUUCGCAAAGAAGAGGUCUCUGAAAUUAGGACUGUGUUAGCGACGAAGUUUCAGAGCUCUAUCAACUCAUCAAUGGCGACCAGAGCGGUGAAUGAUGAUUUGGAGGAACUUAACAAUGAGCAUGCUGUGGAUAAUCCUGACGAGAUUGCUGCCUCUGUUGAGAUGAGCAUCCGUAACAGCACUGAAAGGAGAAAAUUGGGAUUUUUCUCCUGUGGAACUGGCAAUCCCAUUGAUGACUGCUGGCGUUGUGACCCCAAUUGGCAUCACAAACGUAAACGCCUAGCUGAAUGUGGCAUUGGGUUUGGCCGGAAUGCUAUCGGUGGUCGUGAUGGUCGUUUCUACGUUGUCACUGAUUCGAGCGACAACGAUCCGGUGAACCCGAAGCCAGGGACUCUUCGUCAUGCUGUCAUUCAAGAGAAACCUCUUUGGAUUGUAUUCAAAAGGGACAUGGUGAUUCAAUUGAAACAAGAACUCAUCAUGAACAGUUUUAAGACCAUUGAUGCUCGCGGGGUCAAUGUACACAUUGCCAAUGGCGCUUGCAUCACAAUACAGUUUGUGACUAAUAUCAUUAUCCAUGGUCUUCACAUCCAUGAUUGCAAGCCCACAGGAAAUGCCAUGGUGAGAAGCUCUCCAACUCAUUUUGGGUGGAGAACCAUGGCUGACGGAGAUGCCAUUUCCAUCUUUGGGUCAAGCCAUAUAUGGAUCGACCACAAUUCACUCUCUAAUUGUGCCGAUGGCCUUGUUGAUGCUGUCAUGGGCUCAACUGCAAUCACCAUCUCCAACAAUCACUUCACCCACCACAAUGAGGUGAUGCUUCUAGGCCAUAGUGAUUCCUACACAAAGGACAAGCAAAUGCAAGUCACCAUUGCUUAUAACCAUUUUGGAGAGGGACUCAUUCAAAGAAUGCCAAGAUGUAGGCAUGGCUAUUUCCAUGUGGUGAACAAUGACUACACUCAUUGGGAGAUGUAUGCCAUUGGUGGAAGUGCAAACCCCACCAUCAAUAGUCAAGGAAACAGAUAUGCUGCUCCAACCAACCCUUUUGCCAAAGAGGUGACCAAACGAGUUGAAACAGCAGAGAGCGAAUGGAAAGGGUGGAACUGGAGAUCAGAAGGAGAUAUGCUGCUGAACGGUGCUUAUUUCACCCCAUCAGGCGCUGGAGCUUCAGCAAGCUAUGCGAGAGCCUCCAGCUUAGGAGCCAAAUCUGCUUCCAUGGUUGCCUCCAUCACUUCUUCAGCAGGUUCGCUCCCUUGCCGCCGAGGCCAUCCCUGCUAGUCCUGUCCCAAUCAUCUUAACACCAAAAAAAAAAAAAGAAAAACUUCAUGAUUUCUCAUCCAUUUCCAUCACCCCCUUCUUUAUAGCCAUUUAACAAACACAUUUUUUCCCUUCAAAACUUGUUUUAAAACCAAACCCCUUUGUUGUUCAUCUGUUGGUUGCUCAACCUCGGCCUGCUUCAGCUGAAAAGAAAAUGCCAUUUAAGGGGCAGGUGCAGAAGCGUUGUCCUUGUUCAAAUUUUCUUUUCCUCAAUUUGUCUGGUUUUUUACCAUAUGCGUCGAGUCAUUUUGUGAUGCAAUAUUGUCGGUCAUUACUCUAUGUUUUUACUCUUGGUUUUGUAACUUUUUUUUAACCUUUUGAGUUCACGAGAGAGACAGCUUAAAGAAGAUUACAAAAGAUGAAAGGAAAGUAGUGAUGUUGUUAUGUUUUUUUUUACCUAGUGGGAAAUUGUUAAGUUUUGGUUAGAGUGGUUUGUCUCUAUACUCAUUAUUAUGGCCUUUCAAAUUGUUUGUGAUCUUCCAGCAUUUUUGUUUUA